AGAAAAAGCCUCACGCAAUGGCUUUUAAAUUCUGUCUUCCUUUAGGAGCUAUCCUUGUGCUCGUAACUCUCAUGAAACCUCCAACUGUUCAAUCAAAAGAUUCAAGCCCUAACCAGCAAGGGUUCAAUUUCCUCCAUCACUUGGAGGGAUACCACAAGGAGCAGACGGUGAGAGGCCUAAAUCAGCUCAAACUCUACCUCCAAAAGUUUGGGUACUUAAAUUAUGUAGAUGAAGAUGAUGAAUUCGAUGACCUUUUAGAGUCGGCAGUCAAGAUGUACCAAGAAAAUUAUCAUUUGAAGGUCACUGGAAGUCUAGACUUUGAGACCGUCAAAGAAAUGAUGCUCCCAAGAUGUGGAGUACCUGAUAUUAUCAAUGGUACAAAUCAGUUAAUGUCACAUACAAAAAUGAAACAUGGCCACAUGGUUUCCCAAAAAUGGCCACUUUCAAAGACCCAUCUCACUUAUGGCUUCAACUCUAGUGCCCUAGUUGUUGGAGAACAAGUAUUGAGGUCUGUCUCCUCGCGGGCUUUCAAGAGAUGGCAAGAUGCGAGUCACUUCACAUUUGAAGAGGCUCCCCAAGGUUCAAAUCCUGACAUCAUGAUCGGGUUCCAUUGUGGCCAUCAUGGUGAUGGAACCCCAUUUGACGGUCCAACUGGCAUUCUUGCUCAUGCGGUUGGACCGACAGUCGGGUGGUUCCAUUAUGAUGCGGAUGAGAAUUGGAGCACUAAUCCAAGCAUGGAUGAGGUUGACUUGGAAUCAGUUGCAAUGCACGAAAUAGGGCAUCUUCUAGGGCUUGGCCAUAGUGGCGAUAAGGAUGCCAUUAUGUAUGCCAAAUUCUCAUACGGAAUCAUUAAAAGGGAUUUAGACCAUGAUGAUAUGGAAGGGAUACAAGUUCUAUACUCUUAGCUAAUUUCAGAGCUUUUGAUUAGCAGAUAUGAGGAAUGUCUUGUGUUGCAAUUAUAUUCGAAAAGUCAUCAACUUGUCAUGUAAUAAAGAUAAAAUAACAAAUGGUGAUAGAACCACGCUCAUUUAGAGCUAAAUUCAAGAUUGGCUAAUGUUUACCUUUUCUGGCAGAUUAAAAAAAAAAAAAAAA